CUCUCUGAUUCCACAUUAAGCCCUUCAGAUUUCUUCUGAAGACUUGGAAAUCUUUGGAAGCCAAGGGUUCCACAAUGAAGAGCUUUCUGGCUUUCCUUCUUGCAAUGGGCAUCAUCGUGGCCCUGGGUGAUGCAUACUGCUUUACUAAACAUUACAAGCCAGGGAAGGCUUACAAAGGCUGUAUGCUGAAUGGAAAACUGUACCCCCUUGGACACAUUGAGAGGACAGAAGAUUGCUACAGAUGUGACUGCAGCCGAACUGAAAUGAGGUGUUGUUCAAUAUUUUUGACUCCGAUUCAGUAUGACAAAGAGAACUGUAAAGUCACUUUAAACAAAAAAAGCUGUACCUAUGAUGUGGUGCAGAAGAAUGACCCCUCAAAGGAGUGUUCUCCAGUUGCACGUGUGGGCUAACACGUGGGCUAACACCUGCUCCAAACCUCUGCACUGUGGAAUUGUUCCCCUUCCUACACAUGCUUUGCCAUCCCAGAGAAGUACAAUGACGUGGGAAAUCUACUUGUUCUAAUUCAGCAUAAAAGAUGCAUAAUCACGUACAAUGUCUCCUUUCUGUAAUAUUUGCAUGGGUGUCAUUGAGCUCUUUUGACUACAAUAAAUCCAGAUGAAAGAUCCAUCA